UGAAGCAGCAGGUGAAAUUAUGCAGGCAGUCCUGCGAGUUCUUGCGAAAGAGUUCAGCUUUUAAAAACACAGACGAGUUCAAGAAACCAUGGAUCAGUCAUAUUAAAGCCCGGAAAUUGCUCUCAAACAGAGGCCUCUUCAGGUAUGGAGAACGGAGGCUCGGUGAAUUUACUGGACUAUGGGGAGGCAUUGUGGGAGAAUGCCGAGAAAAACCGCUACAUCCUGUGCCGCUUCAUCAACCCAAACAAGCUGACCUCAUACCUGCGCCAAUGCAAGGUCAUCGAUGAGCAAGACGAAGAUGAGGUGCUCAACUCUCGCCUGCUGGAAUCCAAAGCCAACAGAGCAGGUCGAUUGUUAGAUAUCCUGCACACGAAAGGGGAACGAGGAUAUGUGGUGUUUUUAGAGAGUCUGGAACUGUACUACCCUGACCUCUACAAACUCGUGACGGGAAAGGAACCAACCCGCAGAUGUUCAACUAUAGUCGUGGAAGAGGGUCAAGAAGGGCUCAUUCAGUUUUUAAUGAAUGAGGUCAUAAAGCUGCAGCAUCAGUCCAAGGCUAAAGAUGUGCAGCGGGUGGACUACAUGACCAAAUGCCGCACGCUAGAGGACCAGCACAAGAAACUAAAGCUGGCCAACCAGGAGCUGCUUACAUUCCAGGAGCGCUACAACAAAAUGAAAGAAGAGCGGAAUAACUACAACGAUGAACUCAUCAAGGUGAAAGAUGACAACUAUCAGCUGGCCAUGCGAUACGCCCAGCUCAGCGAGGAAAAGAAUAUGGCUGUCAUGAGGAGUCGAGACCUGCAGCUAGAGAUUGACCAGCUGAAACACAAACUCAACAAGCUUGAAGAGGAAUGCAAAAUGGAGAGGAGACAGUCUCUGAAACUCAAGAACGAUAUCGAGAACCGGCCUCGAAAAGAGCAGAUAUUCGAGCUGGAGCGAGAGAAUGAGGUCUUGAAGAUCAAACUCCAGGAGCUACAGUCCAUCAUACAGCCAGGGCGCCUUCCUGAUUCGGAAAAGGCCAUCUUGGAUAUCCUGGAACACGAUCGACAGGAGGCUCUGGAGGACCGGCAGGAGCUGGUUAACAGACUGUAUAACCUGCAUGAAGAGGUUCGACAGGCCGAGGAGCUCAGAGACAAGUACCUGGAAGAGAAGGAAGACCUUGAACUGAAGUGCUCCACUCUGGUGAAGGACUGUGAAAUGUACAAGAACCGCAUGAAUACCAUCAUGAUGCAGCUUGAAGAGGUGGAACGUGAACGCGACCAGGCCUUCAAGUCAAGAGAUGAUGCUCAGCACCUCGUGUCCCAGUGUCUGAUUGAUAAAGACAAGUAUCGCAAGCAAAUUCGGGAGCUGGAGGAAAAGAGCGAUGAGCUUCAAAUCAAGAUCGUAAGAAAAGAAGCGCAGAUAGUCAACCUGGAGUGCAAACUGAGACGCAUAUCUAAGGAUAAUUGUCUGGAUCAGAGUUUGCCACGAGACAUUACUACGAACAUGGCUCAUCUCAUAUCACAGUCUGACCCAAACACCGGAGGACCUUCGGAGGAUUCUGGAGAAGAGACUGUCGAUGAUCAAGAACACAUUAAAUUCACACGUAGAUAUAACAUCAAAAAAGUGAGCCGAAAUGUUGGCAUAACAAAAUCUCCAAAUACAGCACUAAGAAGUCUGCAGUUCCCAGCAGUGCCCUUCACCAAUGGAUAUCCGUCAGAACCUUCGGUCACUGACAACACAAGUCCUGCCAAUAGCAGCAUCAUUAGUUCUCCUAUCACACUCAGUUACGUUGCAGAGCUCUCCAAUAAAAAUCGUUUCCGUAAUGACAGCAUAUUGUCCACCGCACCUGAGCCUCCGGACCAUCACUCUAUUGUCAGAAGGAUCAAGGAGACUCCAAGCGCUCCGUUAAAGUGUUUUCAUCAUUCAGACACCGUAGAUACAGACAGCGGAGACAACGCAGAUAUGGAUGACCAUGAUUUAGAAAUAUCCUCCUACGGGCCUUCGUCCAUCCACUCAUCAUCAUCAUCCCACCAGUCUGAGACAAUAGACUGCUAUGAUCUGGAGCAAGUCAAUAACAUCUUCAGGCAAUUCUCUUUAGAGAGACCGUUUCGUCCUUCCUUGACUUCAGGUCCACCACGCAGCUCAUUUCGGCCUGUGCAGAGCCUCUCUCUCUCAGGAGAAAACCUUCUAACACAAAUCGAUCUGAUUGGUGGAAACGAUAGUGGCAUCUUUGUCAACUCUGUCCUGCCUGGCUCUAAUGCAGAACGGGCCGGGGUACUAGUCGGCCACCAUCUUUUAAUGCUGGAAGGCAGUGUGCACGGAGAAGCCCAGAGCGUGGCUUUAGACACAAGCACCAAGGAGGAAGCCCACUGGACCCUGCAGAGAUGUACCGGACAAGUGCAUCUCCAUUACAAGUUAAACAAUGAUGGCUACAGGCGACUUGUGAAGGAUAUUGAUGAUGGCACGGUGGUGUCGGGAGACUCCUUCUACAUCCGUCUCAAUCUGAACAUCUCCAGCCAGCUGGACAGCUGCUCUUUGAACGUACGAUGCGAUGAGGUUCUUCACGUGUUGGACACCAUGCACCAGGGCAGGUGCGAGUGGCUGUGUGCCCGUGUAGACCCUUUUACCAACAAAGACCUGGAGAGGGGCACUAUACCAAGUUAUUCCAGAGCCCAACAGCUUCUCCUGGUGAAGAUACAGAAGCUGAUGUGUCGAGGAGCUCGAGAGGAGAUUGAUGCUUUCCGUGGGCUGCGGAGCACUCUCCAGCCUGAGGAACCCACACCAUCACCGGACCCCAAGUCCAAUCCCCGGCUGUCCAGAGCCAGCAUCUUCAUCUGUCAGAUAUUACAGUUUGUCAGCAGGGCUGAUAACAAGUACAAGAGGAUGAACAGCAGCGAGCGUGUCCGUAUUGUCAAUGGAGGAAAUUCAUCAUCUGUCUCCAGACCGGGUUUUGAAACGCUGAGGCCUGAGGACUCGGACCCAGAGAGCGACUUAAAUAAGAGCUUGAACCUCAUACCGUAUAGUCUAGUGACCCCACACACAUGCCAGCGGAAAAGGCCCGUCUUCUUCACGCCCAACAUCUUGGCCAAGACCAUCGUCCAAAAGUUUCUCAAUCUUGGAGGUGCUAUGGAAUUCAACAUCUGCAAACCAGACGUUCUGACAAAAGAUGAAUUCCUCAUGAAACAGAAGAUGGAGCCCAUCAUUUAUUCCAAAGAAAAGCAAACGGGCACAUUUGAAUGCGUCACCCCAGAAAAUAUCGAAGCGGUCGCUUGCAAGAAUAAGCACUGUUUACUGGAAGCUGAUCUGAGCUGUGUGAAAGACCUGCUGAGGAGAGAAAUCUACCCCAUUGUCAUCUUCAUUAAAAUCUGCGAUAAGAACAUCAAAAAACUAAGAAAGUUGCCGCUUAAAGUGGACUCUGAUGAGGAGUUUCUCAAGAUGUGCCGUUCAAAAGAAAAAGAGCUGGAGAUUCUGCCCUGCUUGUAUGCUAGCGUGGAGCCGGACUCUUGGAAUGGAGUGGAGGACCUUCUUAAACUCAUCAAGGACAAGAUUUUUGAUGAGCAGAAGAAGACGGUCUGGGUCGAGCAGGAUCUACUCUAGAUGGCCUGUUGUAACCAAAUGAGGAUCACGAGAUAAGGAUACACGGUAUUUCUGCAACGCAAAAACAGGAAGUGACUGUCAAAGGCAACAGAUUGACAAACUGUGUUUCUGUCUGCGGUACAAAAACGUGGAUGAGGCAUUGUACCAUGUGCGGUAUUCAUAGUACAGUAAACGGUGGAAAGGUUCUCACCCUGAAAGCUUCUUAUCCGUUAUUCUCCUGAAGCAAAGCCUUUGUCAAUACAACCUUCCAAUAGUUAUCCUUCCUACUCCCCACCUGAGAUACUCCGUAAUAGUAUUUCCCUGCCCACUGCAUCUUGCUUCUAUUGUGUUUAUAACCCCCAAUUUAUGUAAAUAACUGUAAAUUAAAUCCGAUGCUUUUAUUGUAGCAGGAUACAAUAGCCACGGUAAAUAUUCGAAUAAUAUUUGUCAUAUAUUAUGUUUACUCAUGUGCUACUUAUAUUUAUUUUAAUAUAAGCCCACCGUAUGUUGCUAAGAAUGUGUUUUUUUCCAUAUAGAGUCUUAUUGCUGGGUCUGUUUUCACUGCUAUGUACUUCCCAGGGUUCCAAAUGCGGCAUACUAUAAUUCAAGGGUUCUGAAACUGUGGUUCCCUGCAGGGCCUAAGAUAGGUCCGGGGGGCACAGUUUUUUGAAUAAAAAGUUUUGUGCAAUCAAACAUCAUAAAAAUAAUACCAUGAACCAAAAGAAUUGAAGUUCCAUCAUUGUAUAUGUCACUGUUCUAAUUACAAUUCUAAGUUUAAGAUCAUAAGUCUUUAUUUGGGGUGGCCACAAAGCAAUGCGACCCACAAAAGGGGGGCCUUACGACGGAACAGUUUGAGAACCAUUGCUAUAAUUUAACGGCAUUAAAUACGAAACCUUUUUUUUACAUUUGAGCUUACUACUGUAAUUUCCAUCUUGUAAAGCAGGGAUCUCCAACCCUGCUCCUGGUGAGCUACCAUCUUUCAAACUUCCUGUCCAACCCUGCUUCAGCCCACCUGUCUGAAUUACCAAGCAUUAUCAUUAGUUGGGGUUGGAGCCGAAAUCUUCAGCUCACCGGGAGCAGGGUUGGAGACCCUUGUUGUAAAGCUUUAUUUUUAAUAUGAAUUAUAUUGGAGUCCCAUAUAGGUUUCUUUUAAGCUCCCAUUAAUUGUUCUGUAAGCAUGCAUUCACCGUCUCAAGAGGAUUUUAUAAGCAUAAUGUUUGUUUCUGCUAUUUCUGAUAAGUCUGAAUAUUCCAUAGAUAUAGAAUAACUGCGUAAGUGUAGCAUGUCAUCCCGGUUGAUGCAAAUAUAUGCAGAUGUAUAUAAUAUUGGACGCAUUGGCCCAACGCUAACUUCAGGUCUAUAUGUUUGGUUAAUAUAACAAUUUAUAGUUAUUCAUAUCGUAUAUAGUUAAUUCGUAUAUCAACAGUAUUAAAUGACGUUAGAACUACUCAACAGUUAAUGGUAAGAGGUCUACUGGAAGUUAAGUUUGGGCCACAUUACGUUUUUUGAAGUUGUUGCCGCUAAAACCGGGUUGACGAUAUCCGCAGGGUCAUUUACUGUAUCAGACUGUGGAUUGAACUAUAGAGCCCCUUAUAAACAUCAAUAUUUCAGUAUUCAUUUGCCCUUCAAAUAUACUGCCUAUGAACUUGUCAAUGUAGAAUUAUUGAUAACAGUAUCUUCAUUGUCCCAGUCCCCUCCCAAAAAAGCUGAUGUAAUAGAUCCCUACAGAGUAGUUUUCUUUUUUAUAUACAUAUGUUGUUUUGUAAAAGACAGGGGAAUGUAUUUUAUGUAGCUGCAUGGUGUGUUUUAUAUAAUAAAUGAUUGUGAGCCGCA